AUGAUGGAAAACACCCAAAUUAUCACUAAAAGCAACGAUCUUGCUGAAACUGAUGAGGUUGCUGAGCUCCUGCCAUCCCUUCCCAAAGAAACGUCAUGGAGAUCUGGUUAUAUGUAUCGAUACCAAGGCUUUUGGUGUCCCGAAAAGCAGAUUUCUGCGGUGAUUGCAUUUCAAAGGCACUUCGUAGCACACAAAACAGAUACUAUACUAGUCACUCUGCCUAAAACAGGUACAACAUGGUUGAAAGCCUUGGCAUUUUCCAUUAUGAACCGUGCAAAAUAUGCAGCCUCACAGAACCCUUUGAACUCUUUCAACCCUCAUGGUCUCGUACCUUUCUUUGAGUAUAAGCUUUAUGCAAAUAACCAAAUUCCUGAUCUGUCUGUCUUUCCGUCCCCUAGAAUAUUUGCUACUCAUGUGCCAUAUCCAUCAUUACCAGAUUCCAUCAAGAACUCUAGCUGUCAAAUUGUUUAUCUUUGCAGAAAUCCCUUUGACACUUUUAUCUCCUUGUGGCAUUUCAUCUCCCAAGCAAGACCUGAAAGAUUUGGACCAUUAUCUUUGGAGGAUUCUUUUGAUAGAUUUUGCAAUGGAGUGGCAGGAUUUGGCCCCUUUUUUGACCAUGUUUUAGGGUUUUGGACAAAGAGCUUAGAAAGACCAGAGAAGGUGUUGUUUCUCAAGUUUGAGGACAUGAAAGAAGACAUCAAUUCACAGCUGAAAAGGCUAGCUGAGUUCUUGGGCUGUCCUUUUUCCGCGGAGGAAGAGAGAGAUGGGGUUAUAGAAGGAAUAUCAAAGUUGUGUAGCUUUAGCAAUUUGAAGGACAAAGAGGCCAACAAGACUGGUAUGUCUAUUCCAGGCUUUGAGAAUAAUACCUUAUUCAGAAGAGGUGAAGUGGGGGAUUGGGUCAAUUUUCUUACUCCCGACAUGGUGGAUCGUUUAAACAAAAUCAUGGAACAACAGCUGGCUGGUUCUGGUUUGCAGUUCAAGACCUGUUUCUAG